AUGGAUAUCCCUCUCAACGAAGCGGGGGCGGAACCUCGACAAAGCUUGCCUUCCCGCAAUGUCUCGGUAGCCAAGAGUGUCACAGUCAUCGUCACCCUCGCGGGCAUCAACUUCCUCAACACCAUGGGUUCCGGGAUCCUGAUCGCCGCCCUCCCCCGCAUCGCGUCGGACGUCGGUCUCGACGAGAGCCUGAUGCUCUGGCCCGCGGCUGUCUACAGCCUCGCCGCCGGAUGUCUGCUCCUCAUCUUCGGCGCCGUCGCCGACGUCGUCGGCGCCAAGUUCAUGUGGGUGGCGGGUAGCUACCUCUGCGCCGUCUUCACCGUCGCCGUCGGCCUGUCGCAGACGGGGAUCCAGAUCAUCGUGUUCCGCACGUGCAUGGGCAUGUCCAUAUCCGCGUGUCUGCCGACCGCCAUGGCCUUCAUCACCAAGACGUUCCCCAAGGGCGGGUGGCGCAACGUCGCGUUCUCGAUGAACGGCAUCGGGUUCCCGCUGCGGUACGCCCUCGGCUUGGUCCUGGGGGGCAUCUUCACGGAUACCAUCGGUUGGCGGUGGGGGUUCUACAUGAUGGCCAUCAUCAACUUCUGCCUGUCGACGGCGGCGAUCUGGUCUCUCCCGUCCGUCUACCAGCCUUCAGAGAAGAAGUGGUCUCGCCGCCUGGCCGAGGACAUUGACUGGAUUGGGGCCGUCAUCAUGAGCGUUGCUUUGGGCCUCCUGCUAUACGUGCUGGCAAUGACAACAUCCUCUUACACCAAGAUCGGUGAUCCGGCGAACAUUGCUCUCCUGGCAGUGGCGGUCGCUUUGCUGGUUGCGUUUCCCUUCUGGAUGAACCGGCAGACAGCAAAGGGCAGUCCGGCGCUCAUUCCUAACCGUCUGUGGCGAAAUGCCUCGUUUACGUCCAUAUGUGCCGCCAUAUUAUUGUGCUGGGCCUCACUCAACGCCAUACAGUACUUCAUCAUGCUCUACUUCCAGCAAGUCCAAGGCAUCUCCGCGCUGCAGAGCUCCCUGCGAUUCCUCCCACACGUCGUCAUGGGCGCCGCCGUCAACGUGGCGGCCGCAUGGCUCGUCUCUAGGGUAAAGGUCCAGACACUUGGCGCCGUGUCGGCGGUCAUCACCGCCAUCGCUCCGUUUCUAAUGGCUACGGUCGAUCUCGAUGGAUAUUACUGGUUCGCGCCAUUCUGGGCCAUGAUCCUCUCGCCCGUCAACGCAGAUGCCCUCUUUACCGUGUCGAACCUCAUUAUUUCCGACGCCUUCCCAGCGGAUCUGCAGUCCCUCGCCGGCGGUGUCUUCAGUGAGAUCGGACAGAUUGGCAACGCCGUGGGCCUCGCCGUGACGGCGGCCAUCGCGGCGUCCGUGACGGAGCACUCGGACAUUGUCGGCCGCACCAAGGAGGCGCGAAUGGCGGGCUACCGCGCCGCGUUCUGGACCAUCUUUGCCGCCACGGGGGCGGUGCUCGUCAUUGUGCUUUGGGGUCUCAGGAAGGGCGGCAUGGCUGGGAAGAAGGAUGAGUAG